UGAGGACCUCAGCACUUCAGUUCCAGCAUCUCUUUCUGCAGUGAUUACCACCAACUACUGCCAAGAUGAUGGUUGGAGGUUUAAGCCCAUCUAAACCUGCAAAUGAAAAAAUCCAAUAUUUAGUUGAUCAGGUAAAGUCACAGUAUCAAGAAAAGUCCAAUGAAGAAUGUGAGGUAUUUGAAGCUAUAUGUUACAAAACUCAAAUGGUUGCUGGGAUCAUAUACUUUGUAAAGGUAUAUAUUGGGAACCAUCAAUAUAUACAUUUGAAAGUAUUCCAAUCUCUGCCUUACAAAAAUGAGCCACCACAGCUACUGAACUACCAGACUGGCAAAACUGAGGAUGAUGAACUGACUUACUUUUAGAGGCACCAACCAGAAGGAAUUUGUUUGCUUUCAUGAGCAUCCUGUAUCAAUAAGCACAAUUGGAAUGAAAUAUGGAUCUUUUAAAAGUAGAUUUUGACUUGGAUGAUUAGUUAGUUUUAAUCAACUUUCUCUUUCUCUCUUUAUUCUUUGUUCUAAGGGGUGACUCACCAGAUAGAGGAAGUGGAAAGGAUAUAUUCAGAAGUGAAGUGAUAUAAAAAUAAAAGAUAUCAAUUAAA